GGAGGCAAGGGUGCGGCGCUGGUGGGAACCGGGGCGGAGACCUGCCCGGCCUCCGGCCUCGGUCCAGCCUUUGACCCUAGAUCCCCCGCCGCCCCCUGCAGGCGGCGCCCCGGGAACCGCUGCCCUGGCCUCAGCUCCCUCCUUUCGGCCCUAAGCACCGAGCGGAGCGCAGCAAACCCGCGCCGGCGGCAUGGCGGUGUCCUGGAGGAGCUGGCUAGCCAACGAAGGGGUUAAACACCUCUGCCUGCUCAUUUGGUUGUCCCUAAAUGUCCUGCUUUUCUGGAAAACCUUCCUGCUGUACAAUCAAGGGCCAGAAUACUACUACAUUCACCAGAUGUUGGGCCUAGGAUUGUGUCUAAGCAGAGCCUCUGCAUCUGUCCUCAACCUCAACUGCAGCCUUAUCCUGUUACCCAUGUGCCGGACCCUCCUGGCUUAUCUUCGAGGAUCACAGAAGGUUCCAAGCAGGAGAACAAGAAGAUUAUUAGACAAAAGCAAGACGUUCCACAUAACCUGUGGCAUAACUAUCUGUAUUUUCUCAGGUGUGCAUGUGGCUGCCCAUUUGGUGAAUGCCCUCAACUUCUCGGUGAACUACAGUGAGAAUUUCCUUGAACUGAAUGCAGCAAGGUACCAGAAUGAGGAUCCUAGAAAGCUUCUUUUCACGACUGUUCCAGGUCUGACGGGUGUAUGCAUGGUGGUGGUAUUAUUCCUCAUGGUUACAGCUUCUACCUAUGCAAUCAGAGUUUCUAAUUACGAUAUCUUCUGGUAUACUCACAACCUCUUCUUUGUCUUCUACAUGCUGUUGCUGUUGCAUGUUUCGGGUGGGUUGUUGAAGUAUCAAACCAAUUUAGACACUCACCCUCCUGGCUGCAUCAGUCUUAACCAGACCCCAUCUCAGGAUAUUUCCUUACAAGUCUACAUCUCAGAAAAUUUUCAUGGAUUUUCUCCUGAAAGACUUUCAAAACUAGAAGAUCGUAACGCGAAAACACCUGUAAAGAUGUGCCUGGAAGAGCCCAAGUUCCAAGCUCAUUUUCCACAGACCUGGAUUUGGAUUUCUGGACCUUUGUGCUUAUACUGUGCGGAAAGGCUUUACCGAUGCAUCCGGAGCAACAAACCUGUCACUAUCAUAUCAGUAAUCAAUCAUCCCUCAGAUGUCAUGGAACUCCGGAUGAUCAAAGAGAACUUUAAAGCAAGACCUGGCCAGUAUAUUAUUCUACAUUGUCCCAGUGUGUCAGCAUUAGAAAACCACCCAUUUACUCUCACAAUGUGUCCUACUGAAACCAAAGCAACAUUUGGUGUCCACUUUAAAGUAGUAGGAGACUGGACAGAACGAUUCCGAGAUUUACUACUGCCUCCAUCUAGCCAAGACUCUGAAAUUCUGCCCUUCAUUCAAUCUAGAAAUUACCCCAAGUUGUACAUUGAUGGUCCAUUUGGAAGCCCAUUUGAGGAGUCACUGAACUAUGAAGUUAGCCUCUGUGUGGCUGGAGGCAUUGGGGUCACUCCAUUUGCAUCAAUACUAAACACUCUGCUGGAUGACUGGAAACCAUACAAGCUAAGAAGACUGUACUUUAUCUGGGUGUGCAGAGACAUCCAGUCAUUCCGGUGGUUUGCAGAUCUGCUCUGUAUGCUGCAUAACAAGUUUUGGCAAGAAAACAGACCUGAUUAUGUGAACAUCCAGCUGUACCUCAGUCAAACAGAUGGGAUACAGAAGAUAAUUGGAGAAAAAUAUCACACACUGAAUUCUAGACUUUUUAUUGGGCGUCCUCGGUGGAAGCUUUUAUUUGAUGAAAUAGCCAAAUGUAACAGAGGGAAAACAGUUGGAGUUUUCUGCUGUGGACCCAGUUCAAUUUCUAAGACUCUUCAUAAUUUGAGUAACCAAUACAAUUCAUAUGGGACAAAAUUUGAAUACAAUAAAGAAUCCUUCAGCUGAAGUCUUAGGAGACUAAUUUUUUGAGGACUCUGAAGAAAGAACAAGUGCAAUUUCUAUGACUCGGAAACUCAGCUGAAUCGAGCAGCUGUGCUAUGCCAAAGAAUAUCAAGCUUUUGUUAUUUAUGAUUAUUUAAAAUGAGAAUUCAGA